UCAGUCGAUCGUCUCAAUUCGAGAUUUCUUUUAUGUUUUGUCGUGCGUCAACGCACAUGGUGUCUGUUAAAUUGCACAUUUCAUAAAUUUAACGCCUCCGUUCGAAGGAUCGAACUUUCAUAGAUACUCAGCUGUGAAUUUUUUAAGAGUCUCUCAACAUGCCGAAGUCUAAAAGAGACGUUAAAAUAUCCCUUACGAAGACCAAACCAAAGGAUCUUCAAUUCAAGCAGCAGAAAAUAGAAGAACUCAGGCAAUGCGUUGAACAGUAUGAAAGAAUAUUUGUCUUUUCUGUGGAGAAUAUGAGGAACACCAAGCUGAAGGAUCUACGUAAUGAUUGGAGGGACGACAGCAGAUUUUACUUCGGCAAGAACAAAAUUAUGCAAUUAGGCUUUGGAAGGAAUAAGGCAGAUGAACUCUACCCAAAUUUACACAAGUUGUCCAAACGAUUAGUUAGCCAAUGUGGCCUGCUUUUCACCAACAAAAGCAAACAUGAAAUAGUUGACUUCUUUAAAAAUUUCCGAGAGCCAGACUUUGCUCGGUCUGGUUUUGUGGCAACUGAGGAUGUUGUAUUGCCUGCUGGCCCUCUUGAAGAGUUUUCAUUUGCUAUGGAGCCACAGUUAAGGCAGUGGGGAAUGCCAACCAGUCUACAGCGGGGAGUGGUCACAUUACUUCAGGAUUAUCAACUUUGUAAGAAAGGUUCAGUUCUCACCCCAGAAAAAGCGCGCAUACUGAAAUUACUUGGUCGCACUAUGGCUGAAUUCCAUGUUACCUUAAAAUGCAUGUGGGAAAAGUCUACUGGCAAACUUCAGAGGUUCGAAUCUAAAAAAGCAAGUAUUGGUGGUGAAGAUGACUUCAGUUUAAGAAUGGAAGCUGAUGAAAAGGAAAAUGAUGCUGAAGGAGAUGAUGACAAUAGAAUGGAUGAUUCAAACAUAGAUUGAAUUCUGUAUUAGAUCUUUAUUGUUUUCUAUUCAAAGUAAACAUUUUACACUUUAAUGUGAA